ACAUUAACACCCCCCCUCUCAUUCCCCUUUCUCGUCCAUUCCCUUUCUUCUCUCCUCUUGGUUUCGGCCUCGCAACGCAGAGGAGAAGAAGAGGAAACCCCUCAGAAACCCCAACAGGAAAAUCUGCAAGAAACAUUAACAUAUUUGUUUUGUUUGAAAUAAAUAAAGAAUAAAGAAUAAAGAAACAUGUCUGACGCGUAUUGUUCGGACUGCAAGCGGCAGACGGAAGUGGUUUUCGAUCACUCGGCCGGGGACACGGUUUGCUCCGAGUGCGGGCUGGUUCUGGAGUCACACUCCAUCGAUGAGACCUCCGAGUGGCGGACUUUCGCCAACGAAUCGGGCGACAACGAUCCCGUCCGUGUCGGCGGCCCCACCAACCCCCUAUUGACCGACGGUGGCCUCUCCACCGUCAUAGCCAAGCCCAACGGUGCCACAGGUGAGUUCCUCUCAUCCUCGCUCGGCCGAUGGCAGAACCGCGGCUCCAAUCCGGAUCGGGGGCUUAUCCUCGCCUUCAAGACCAUAGCUACUAUGUCUGAUAGAUUGGGCCUUGUUGCAACCAUAAAGGACCGGGCUAAUGAGAUAUAUAAGAGGGUGGAAGAUCAAAAGUCUAGUAGAGGGAGAAACCAGGAUGCAUUACUGGCUGCUUGCCUGUACAUUGCUUGUCGACAAGAAGAUAAGCCACGCACUGUAAAGGAAAUUUGCUCUGUCGCCAACGGAGCCACAAAGAAGGAAAUUGGCCGAGCAAAAGAAUAUAUAGUGAAACAGCUGGGGUUGGAGAAUGGUCAGUCGGUGGAGAUGGGAACAAUACAUGCUGGGGACUUUAUGAGGCGUUUUUGUUCCAAUCUUGGUAUGAAUAAUCAAGCUGUCAAAGCUGCCCAAGAAGCUGUUACAAAGUCAGAAGAGUUUGACAUAAGGAGGAGUCCAAUAUCAAUUGCAGCAGCAGUCAUUUACAUUAUUACUCAGCUUUCAGACGAUAAGAAACCUCUUAAAGAUAUUUCAGUUGCUACUGGAGUUGCAGAAGGGACAAUUAGGAAUUCCUACAAGGAUCUUUAUCACCAUGUAUCGAAGAUAAUACCGAGCUGGUAUGCUAAGGAGGAGGAUCUCAAGAACCUUUGCAGCCCUUGAAAGGUAGAAGAGAAACAAAUAACAGGAAUGGUAACAACUUCAAGUUGGUUUGGGGCGUUCGUUCUUGGAUGUAUUAAAACUCUUUUAAUACAAACAAUGGAAAAGUCGUCCGCUUGUUUUUGCUCUUGCAUUCAA